AGGGGGAGGAGGAGGAAGUGGCGGUAGAUCAGGUGGAGGAGGAAGUCCGUCACGACCCGGCAGUCCCAGCAGCCCAGGAUCUAGAGUGCUUGCAUACGUUGCCCUAUUCGACGGUAUCCUUCCCGCGCAAGAGCAGGUUCUUGAAGCAAUGAGCGAUCUAGAAGUGGGCUUCGAUGGCGCGAAUACGACGAACAGCACUGAGCCGGGCGACGUCGCGAAAGUAGUCAAGGCGAUACUCGCAAGCCCGACGUGUUCGCCUACGACCUCGAACACAGAGGGUAUUAGUGCACCGACUGGUGUAUCGCAAGCUUGUACGCCUAGGGACGUUGACUUCAAACCAACCUCCACCCUCCCCAUGACCGCCUACGCAGCCUGCACAGACUACGCCUCAAUCCUCAACUCCUGCGCCUCCGCAACCCCCUCCUUCUACUCCCUCCCCGCCUCCCAACAAGCAUCCUGCGUCUGCUACACGCCCUCCUCCGCCGCGCUAGGGUGCUCCAUCUCCCCAACCACUGUCGACGCACUUACACCCACACUCGCGACCACCGGCAGACGAUACGCCACUGUUUCCGCUCUCGCAAUCUCGCGCUUCGACGACCCCGUUGAUGCGUGCUACGAGUUUUUCAAUCUGCAGGGCUACACGAACAUCGCUGGGACGCUGUAUGGCAGGAAUUCCAGGAACGAGACGUUGCUGGGCUGGGGCUUUUGCGCGAAUGUAGACGCGGAUUUGAGCGCCAGCGCGAGUGCGACGGCGACGGAGACGCUUGGGUAUGCGACGACGACGGGUGGACUGCCGAAUAUGAUUGAUCCGACGCCGUCUGGGGAGUGCUAUCCUUAUGUGGAGGCGGAUAGGUAUAGUGGAGGGGUGCGGGUAGCGGGGCUGACGCCGUUUGAUCGGAUGGUUCUGGUUGUGGUUCCGGCGCUGGUGACGGUGUUUUGGUAUGGGCUGUUCUUCUAGUCGACAAGGGUACAAGGGUCUUUCAGCUACAGAUUGGUGUUGAUGCAAGAGCGCGGUGUAUUAAGGUGCGGUGCGAUGGAUGCGGAUACCGUCCCGUGACGGAAAUAGAGUGCCAGUGUGAGCUUCGGGAGCUCGUCCAAUCGAUGGCUUUUGAGGUGUCUCCAGCGGCGGCGGCGGCGGUAGGCGAAGCCGUGGUGGAAGAAGAUAGGGACCCUGCCGUUGACAUCUACCGCCUCCCCAUUGCCCUUGUGCGAGGCCUUGGGUAGCGGAGAACGGGCAUGGCAGCGGUCAUUGCAUAGACGAGACUGGAGCGAAGAAGUUUAGCUUAAGUGAAAUUAAAAUUCCCGCCCUUCAUUCCGUUGGG